GGCCUUGUCCAUUGGAACAACCACCAUUUCCUUGGUUACAUACUAUUCUUCUCUCCUUCUCUUUCACCGGCGACUCUCCGGCGAUCUCUUUCUCCGGCGAUCUCUAAAAUAAACUCGAAGAAAUUCUAUGGCUCCAACGAAAAACAAGAAGCAGAGCAAUAAUGCUGCUGAAUCUAGUUCUAAAAGUGUAGUUGCUGAAAAGAAAACACCCAAGGCACUGAAGGCUAAACGUAAACUUGUGAAAAAGUUCUCUCACUUAAACUCUGAGCAGAGCAAUAAUGCUGCUGAAUCUAGUUCUAAAAGUGUAGUUGCUGAAGAGAAAACUCCCAAGGCACUGAAGGCUAAACGUAAACUUGUGAAAAAGUUCUCUCACUUGAACUCUGAGCAGAGCAAUAAUGCUGCUGAAUCUAGUUCUAAAAGGGUAGUUGCUGAAGAGAAAACUUCAAAGGCACUGAAGGCUAAACGUAAACUUGUGAAAAAGUUCUCUCACUUAGACUGUGCACAAACCAAAGAAGCUGAGAUCAGUCCACAAGUGCAAGCCAGAAAGAAAGACAAGAAGGCAAAAGAUGGCAACGAAGGAAAUCAUGUCGGUGGAAAAGAUGUGAAGGCUAAACGUAAACUUGUAAAAAAGUUCUCUCACUUGAACUCUGCACAAACCAAAGAAGCUGAGAUCAGUCCACAAGUGCAAGCCAGAAACAAAGACGAGAAGGCAAAAGAUGGCAACGAAGGAAAUCAUGAUGGUGGAAAAGAUGCUAAUGGGUCUCAGAAUAAGAAUCCAGGGAACAAAGAAAUGGAAAAUAUGAGUGGAAGAUGUGGAGAGGUGAAUAAGGAUGAAAAAACUAAGAAGAACCUUGGUUUAAAUGGAGGAAGCGGAGAGGUGAACAACAAGGAUAUAAAAACUGUAAAUAGUCGUGGUGGAAUGAUUUUCAUGUGCAAUGCAAAAACCAAAGCAGAUUGUUUCAGAUAUCGUGUGAUGGGUGUUCAAGCAAGCAAGCAAGAUGUUGUGAUGGGAGUCAAACCUGGUCUUAAGAUUUUUCUCUUUGAUUUUGAUCUUAAGCUCAUGUAUGGUAUUUAUGAGGCAUCUUCUGCUGGUGGAAUGAGACUUGAACCAGCAGCAUUUGGUGGGGGCUUCCCUGCUCAGGUUCCUUUUAAGAUUCACAAGGGCUGCAUUCCAUUACCAGAGAAGGUGUUCAAGAACGCAAUUAAAGACAAUUAUGAUGAAAGGACACGCAAGUUUAAGACUGAGCUGACAGUUACACAGGUAGAGAAGUUGAUGGAGCUGUUUAGACCUACACCAUUGCUGGAGCCAGCUCUCAUACCUGUAGUCCAGGAUCCUGUGGCUCAGCCAGUUAAUCAGAGUGGGGCAGCACCACCUUUAUAUGGAGCGCAUUACAACAGUAGUAAACCUGCACGGAAUUUCUCACCACAUGAUCAUCAAAGACAGCAGUUCGCAGACCACUUUGUCAUGCCUAGAGAGGUUUCCCAUCACCCUAAUUUUCUUACUGAGAAAGAUUACAGAACCCAUGGUCUUCAACCGGCAAAACAUUUGCAGACUUCUACUUCUGCAGUACAUGUUAACCAUAAAUUGGAGCACUAUGGUUUUCAACAGGCAAAACAUCUGCAGCUCUCUACUUCUGCAAUACAUGUUAACCCUAAAUUGGAUCAUUAUGGAUCUGAACAAGGAAUGCCGCAGCUCCUGAGGGACCCUGCUAGUGUAAGAGGUGAUGCUGCUUUUGCGCGGAGUGGACAUGUCUACUCUGAUCCUGUCUUUCCAAGUGAAAGGGAAUACCGUGGUUACAGCCUCAAGAGUUUCCAUGGGCAACCUGUUACUGUUGCCCCUGCUGUAGCAAGUAGUAAUACAGUGGCCGCAGCUGUCGAUCAUAGUUUACUAAAAAAUGUUAAUCCUUACGAUGAGAGUACCACCUCACUUGUGAACCGGUAUCUUUCUAUGCCAAGGGCAACGAUAGCACCUGGAGGGUUGCCGUUGACAGGCCGACAGUCGUUUGCUGGUGCUUCCAACUAUGUGGGUGACACCAGAGGCCAUCCAGGAAGGUUGCUUGCUGAAAAUGAAAGAUCUUGUCCACCAAAUGCUCCUCAUGUGCUAUCAAAUCACGGCCAUAUGUAUCAGCAUCCUAGAUAUGAACCUGGAAAAUCAUCGUCAGUCUUAUCUCAGUAUCCUUUUGCUGGUCCUUCUGCAUCACGGCGCUGAAACCCUGCUGCAUAACAUCCAUCCCAUAAUGUAUUUCACCUAUCCUUCCUGUAAAGUUGGGAAAUAACCCUGAUGGCUUCCAAAUAUCCAGGCGGAGGGGGUAGUCUUUAUAUUCAGUUAGUGAGACAAAAAGAAAGACUGGAUUUGUGGCUUCCCUUCCGACAAUUUGAUGUUUGUUCAUAAUCUUGCAAUGCUUGAACUAGAACUUCAGGAUUCUGAUGGGAGUCACCUUAAACUGUAACUUAUGUCACAGGGACAAGUUUUGAUGCACUCGGUUCCUUUAACUUGUAUGAACUCUGUAAAUAUUUAUGGGCAGUGGCGUGUGCUAGUGCAGCAGCUGCUUAUUUUGUGAAAGAUUUACCCAGAAAGGUCAAGUC